AUGAUGCUUUCAAGAAGAUGUUUCUCCACUACAAGGUUACUGUCAAAGAUAAAAGUCAAAUCUCCCGUCGUGGAAAUGGACGGUGAUGAGAUGACUAGAAUCAUUUGGGAUAAAAUUAAAUCAAAAUUGGUUUUACCUUACUUGGACUUAGAUUUAAAAUACUACGAUCUAUCAAUCACAAAUCGUGAUGCUACCAAUGAUCAAGUUACCGUGGAUGCAGCAAACGCUACUAAGAAAUACGGUGUCGGUAUCAAAUGUGCUACUAUAACUCCAGAUGAGGCAAGGGUUAAAGAAUUUAAUUUGAAGAAAAUGUGGAAAUCUCCAAAUGGUACGAUAAGAAACAUAUUGGGUGGUACAGUCUUUAGAGAACCGAUCGUUAUACCAAGAAUACCAAGAUUGGUUGGUGGUUGGGAAAAACCAAUCAUCAUUGGUAGACACGCUCACGGUGAUCAAUACAAAGCUACCGAUCUUGUCAUCCCAGGACCAGGAAAGUUACAACUUGUUUAUACUCCGGAUGGCGGUUCUCCAGCAAAGACCCUAGACGUGUUUAAUUAUAAUGGUGGGGGUGUAGGCAUGGCAAUGUACAAUACUGACGAAUCUAUCGAAGGAUUUGCACAUUCUUCAUUCCAAGUGGCCUUAAACAAGAAAUUAAAUCUAUUUUUGGCUACUAAGAAUACAAUAUUGAAAAAAUAUGAUGGUAGAUUCAAAGAUAUUUUCCAACAAAUUUACAAUGGUCAAUAUAAAGCAAAAUUCGAACAAUUAGGUAUCACAUACGAACACAGAUUAAUAGAUGAUAUGGUGGCACAAAUGAUAAAAUCUAAGGGUGGAUUUAUCAUGGCUUUGAAAAAUUAUGACGGUGAUGUUCAAUCCGAUAUUGUAGCACAAGGGUUUGGUUCACUCGGUCUAAUGACCUCGAUACUUGUCAGUCCAGACGGCAAGACUUUUGAAAGUGAAGCCGCCCAUGGCACAGUAACCAGACAUUUCAGAAGACAUCAAAUGGGAGAAGAGACUUCAACCAAUUCAAUUGCUUCCAUCUUUGCUUGGUCAAGAGGGUUGGCCAAGAGAGGUGAACUUGACGGUACAAAGGAUGUCAUCGCUUUUGCCAAUAAAUUAGAAGCCGCCACCCUAGACAGCGUGCAAGAAGAUGGUAUCAUGACUAAGGAUUUAGCUUUAGCAUCUGGUAAGAAUAAUAGAUCUGAUUAUGUUAACACAGAUGAAUUUAUUGAUGCUGUAGAAGCAAGAUUAAAGAGAGAAAUGAAGCUGUAA